AUGAGAAUCGUCGGUUUAACGGGAGGCAUAGCGUCUGGGAAGAGUACAGUCUCCAAUCUCUUCAAGGCUAGUGGCAUUCCCGUUGUUGAUGCUGAUGUUGUUGCUCGAAAUGUGUUGAAGAAAGGAAGCGGUGGAUGGAAACGCGUAGUAGCAGCUUUUGGAGAGGAGAUUCUGCUUCCUAGUAGAGAAGUGGACCGCCCAAAACUCGGUCAGCUGGUUUUCUCUUCUGAUUCCAAGCGCCAACUUCUAAACAAGCUGAUGGCUCCAUACAUAUCAACUGGUAUGUUUUGGGAAAUUAUAAAACAAUGGGCAAAAGGAGCUAAAGUGAUAGUUGUUGAUAUCCCGUUGUUGUUUGAAGUAAAGAUGGAUAAAUGGACGAGACCCAUUGUAGUUGUUUGGGUCAGUCAAGAAACUCAACUUAAGAGACUGAUGGAGAGAGAUGGACUGAGCGAGGAAGAUGCAAGAAACAGAGUGAUGGCUCAGAUGUCUUUGGAUUUGAAAAGAAGCAAAGCUGAUGUUGUUAUCGAUAAUAAUGGAAGUCUCGACGACCUCAAACAACAAUUCAACAAUGUUUUGUCUGAAAUCAGAAGACCAUUGACGUGGAACGAGCUUUUGCGUUCAAGGCAAGGAGCCUUCUCGGUCCUUGGUUCGGUGAUUUUAGGUGUCUUUGUUUGCAAACAGCUCAACAUUGGCUCUUAG